AUGCCUGGCGACAUCACCGACAACAAUGUCGUCGACAAGGUAGAUCCUUCCUUGGUCGACGGCCAGGCCGUCCCUCAAAGCGAGUUUUUCGACCAUGAUCUUCCCAUUCCCACCGAGGAGGAGCUUCGCACUCUUCACCGCGUGAGCGAGAAGAUCCCUUUCAAGGCCUUCACCAUUGCCUUUGUCGAGUUAGUUGAGCGUCUCUCCUACUACGGCACCACCCAAGUCUUCGUCAACUUCAUCCAGCAAGAUAACCCCGGAACUUCCACCGGAAAGGCCCUUGACCCCAGCGCCGACGAUGCCCAGCCCGGUGCCCUUGGCGCAUAUGUGGCCGAUUCUUAUCUGGGACGUUUCAAGACCAUUUGGAUGUCUGUUUGCAUCAGUAUCCUGGGCCACGUGAUCCUCACUGUAUCGGCCGCACCCGCCGUCAUGGCUGUGCCCAAGCAUGCUUUGGCGGCUUUCGUCAUCGGUCUGAUCAUUAUGGGUGUUGGCACUGGUGGCUUCAAGCCUAACAUCUCUCCGCUCAUCGCUGAGCAAAUCCCCCGCAAGAUGUACGUCCACACCAAAAAGAACGGCGAACGCGUCAUCGUGGAUCCGGCUGUCACGACCGCGAGGGUCUACAACUGGUUCUACCUCUUCAUCAACAUCGGUGCCCUCGUCGGCCAGCUGAGCAUGGCUUACGCCGAGCGCUACGUCGGUUUCUACCUCUCCUUCAUGUUGCCGACUCUGCUGUUCUGCGUCGCCCUGCCGGUUCUCUUCUUCUGCCGCAAGUGGUAUGCCCACACGAAGCCUGAGGGCAGCGUGCUGGGACCUGCCGUCAAGCUCCUGCUGCUAGGAACCAAGAAGCGCUUCUCCAUCAACCCCGUUGCCUUCUACCGCAACCUUCACGAUGGCACCUUCUGGGAGGAGCUCAAGCCGUCCAAGCUGGGCGUGGCCAAGCCGGCUUGGAUGACGUUCGAUGAUGCCUGGGUCGACGAAGUCAGCCGUGGCUGGAAGGCGUGCAGCGUCUUCUUGUGGCUUCCCCUGUAUUGGAUCACGUACAACCAGCUCAACAACAACUUGACAUCUCAGGCUUCGACCAUGGCUCUCCACGGCAUCCCCAACGAUGUUCUUUCGAACCUCGACCCACUUGCCCUGAUUAUCUUUAUUCCCAUCUGCGACAUCUUCAUCUUCCCUGCCCUGCGCAAGGCCGGCAUCAACUUCACGCCCAUCAAGAAGAUCACCGGCGGCUUCUUCACCGGCAGCAUGGCUAUGGUCUGGGCUUGCGUUCUCCAGUACUACAUCUACAAAGAUAGCGAGUGCGGCGACUACCCGUCAGGUGAUGGGUGCGAAAAUGUCAGCAUCAACGUGUGGGCGCAGACGGGUUCAUACGUGUUGAUUGCUAUCAGUGAGAUCCUCGCCUCCAUCACUUCGCUGGAGUACGGUUUCUCCAAGGCGCCCAAGAACAUGCGUUCGUUGGUUGCCGCCUUUGCGCUGUUCAUGAGCGCCAUUUCCGCCGCUAUUGGCGAGGCAUUCAACCCGCUGUCGACCGACCCACUUCUGGUGUGGAACUACGGCUCCAUGGCCGUUAUUUCCUUCGUGGGUGGCUGUCUCUUCUGGUUCUGCUACCGCAAGCUGGACGCUCAAGAAGAUGAGCUCAACAUGCUGCCCACCGGCCACAUGGGAAAGACGAGCGAGGCCUCCGACGUGGAGCGCAGCAUUAGCGUAACCCACGAGCCGGUGCAGGUGCAGGAGAAGGUGUAG